AUAUUUCGUUUUGAUCUGCCAUAUCCAUUUGAUCAUAUGAUUUAGGUUUGUCUUGCUGCAAUAAGGAUUUGAAAGGAUUGAAAUCAGCAUUUGUGUAAUGCUUCAUUGUUGUUUGUACGUGAAAACUUAGGAUUUGAAUAUUAAAACACAUAUGCCGAGGAGAUAUAUGAGAUAAGUGUUUGAUGGGUAAUAAAAAUGCUGCACAAAGUAAAGGGCCACCAGAUGAGCCGCCACAGAAUGAACCAAAGCCGCAAUCAAAUGGAUUCUUUCAAUCUGUUGCUGCAGUUUGGCGUCCCAGGCAGGCUCCGACAGACACGGAUUCCGAGAGUUCUCGUCAAGGCUCACCGAAUGCUUCUUCGAAGGAUUCUUCUAGAGUAGGAUCUCCGCGUAAUGAUGCCGAGGGUAAAGCAGCUGAGGACAACGUGGCUUCGAAACCACCUACGACAGAGGUUAAAGAUAAAAACAUGAAGCGGAUGACGAGCGCAGGACUUCAGGUGGAGUCUGUGCUGCAGAGGAAAACUGGGAAUUUGAAGGAGGAUUAUAGUAUUGGGAAGAAAUUAGGACAGGGGCAAUUUGGCACGACGUAUCUUUGCGUGGAGAAGAAGAGUAAGAAGGAGUUUGCUUGUAAAUCUAUUGCCAAGAGAAAGCUGGUGACUAAGGAGGAUGUGGAGGAUGUGAGGAGGGAGAUUCAGAUAAUGCACCAUAUGGCGGGAAAUCCUCAUGUCGUGUCGAUUGUGGCUGCGUAUGAGGAUGCUGUUGCAGUUUAUCUUAUGAUGGAGCUGUGUACAGGUGGAGAGCUUUUCGAUAGAAUUGUUCAGAGAGGGCAUUAUUCUGAGCGAAAGGCUGCUGAACUUGCCAGAGUUAUUGUUGGUGUUGUGGAAGCUUGCCACUCUUUAGGUGUUAUGCAUCGAGAUCUGAAGCCUGAGAAUUUUCUCUUUGGCAAUGAGGAAGAGGAUGCGCCGCUUAAGACCAUUGACUUCGGGCUCUCAGUUUUCUUCAAGCCAGGCGAAAGUUUUACUGAUGUGGUUGGGAGCCCCUAUUAUGUUGCACCAGAGGUAUUGCGCAAGCUUUAUGGUCAAGAGUGUGACGUUUGGAGUUCUGGGGUUAUCCUCUACAUAUUGCUCAGUGGUGUGCCGCCAUUUUGGGAUGAGACGGAGCAAGGAAUAUUUGAGCAGGUUAUCAGAGGUGAACUUGACUUCGUAUCAGAACCGUGGCCUAGUAUAUCCAGUGGUGCAAAAGAUUUGGUCCGAAAAAUGCUCGUGAGAGAUCCUAGAAAGCGGCUAACUGCUCAUGAAGUUCUCAGCCACCCGUGGAUGAAAGUUGAUGGUUCGGCUCCAGACAAACCUCUUGAUCCUGCUGUUUUAAGUCGUUUGAAGCAAUUUUCUGCAAUGCACAAACUCAAGAAGAUCGCUAUCAGAAUAAUUGCUGAGAGUUUGUCCGAAGAAGAAAUCGCAGGAUUGAAACAAAUGUUUAAGAUGAUAGACACAGACAAUAGCGGACAGAUCACACUGGAAGAGCUACAGAAAGGUUUGGAAAAAGUGGGUGCAAAUCUCAUGGAGUCAGAAAUUAAUGAUUUGUUGGAAUCUGCGGAUCUUGACAACAGUGGCACCAUCGACUACACUGAAUUUGUAGCGGCGAUGCUACACUUGAACAAAGCCCAGAAGGAGGAUCACAUGUACGCGGCCUUUUCAUAUUUUGAUAAAGACGGAAGCGGUUACAUUACUUCUGAUGAGCUUCAGAAUGCAUGUGGGCAGUUCGGAUUAGGAGGUUGUCAGCUAGAAGAUAUAAUGCAUGAAGUUGACAAGGACAAUGAUGGGCGCAUUGAUUACGGUGAAUUUGUGGCCAUGAUGCAAGAUACUGGACUCGACAAGAAGGGAUUCCAGAACUUGAAAAGCAUAGGGAUAAGGAAUGCCUCGUAAGGUUGGUCAUUCUUGAUACAAUCCACAGUAUAGGUGUACAGCGGCUGACCAUGAGUCUGUAACUUCAAAAUUGACAAUGCAAAAUGUUGUGAAGAUCAGGCUUG